GGAAACUACUUUUCAAGCGAGUGUCUCUCUCUGUCUGUAUAUUAGUGAAAUAUGGCAGAAGAUCAUAUUUUUCAGGACAAGUUCAGCUGUUCAGUGUGUUUGGAUCUCCUGAAGGAUCCAGUGACCAUUCCCUGUGGACACAGUUACUGUAUGAGCUGUAUUACAAACUGCUGGGAUCAGAAUGAGAUGAGAAUCUACAGCUGCCCUCAAUGCAGACAAACCUUCACACCAAGACCUGUUUUAUUUAAAAAUGUGAUGUUUGCUGAAAUGGUGGAGGAACUGAAGAAGACAAAACUUCAGACUGCUGUUCUUGCUGACUCUUAUGCUGAAGCUGGAGAUGUGGAGUGUGACGCCUGUACUGAGAGAAAAUACAAAGCUGUCAAGUCCUGUCUGGAGUGUCUGAAGUCUUACUGUCAAAAUCAUCUUAAACAACAUGAGAAUCUCUUCAAUGACAGGAGGCAUCAUUUGAUGAAUCCCACCAGACAACUUCAUGAGAUGAUCUGCUCAAAACAUAAUAAACAACUAGAAAUCUACUGUCGCACCGACCAGCACUGCAUUUGUUAUCUGUGUACGAUGGACGAACAUAAAAACCAUGAUACUGUGACAGCUGUAGCAGAAAGAACUGAGAAACAGAGAGAUUUGGGAGAGAGACAGAGAAAAUUACAUCAGAUAAUUGAGGAGAGAGAGAAGGAGCUUCAGGAGCUGAGAGAGGCUGUGGACUCUCAUGCGCGCUCUGCACAGACAGCAGUGGAGGACAGUGAGAGGAUCUUUACUGAACUGAUCCGAUCCAUUGAGAGAAGACGAUCUGAGGUGACACAACUGAUCAGAGAUCAGGAAAAGACUGCAGUAAGUCGAGCUGAAGGAAUCAUGAAGCGUCUGGAGGAGGAGAUUGAUGAUCUGAGGAGGAGAGAUGCUGAACUGGAGCAGUUUUCACAUACAGACAAUCACAUCCAUUUCCUACAGGGUUUUCAGUCUCUGUCUGCAGCUCUUGAGUCUUCAGUCUCACAAAGAUUUACUCUCAGCUCUCUUCUCUCUUUUGAUGAUGUGAGAAAAUCUGUCUCUCAACUGAAAGACAAACUGGAGGAUUUCUGUAGAGAGGAGAUAGAGAAGAUAUAUGGUGAAGUUACAUAUAUCUCAGUUAUUUCUAAUGAACUGAAGAGCAGGGAGUAUUUCCUACAAUAUUUCAAGCAGUUCACACUGGAUUCAAACACAGUUCAUGAAAUCAUUCAGCUGUCUGAUGGGAACAGAACGGCUACUUUCACUUACACAAUCCAUCAGUAUCCUGAUCAUCCAGACAGAUUUGAUUAUUAUAAUCAGGUGUUGUGUAGAGAGAGUUUGUGUGAACGCUGUUACUGGGAGGUUGAGUGGAGUGGUAAUGUGUUUAUAUCAGUGUCAUAUAAGAGCAUCAGCAGGAAGGGAAAGGGUUAUGAGUGUUGGUUUGGACGUAAUGAUCAGUCCUGGAGUUUGUACUGCAGUGACUCCAGCUGCUACUUCACUCACAAUAACAAACUCACUAAACUCCCUGAAGUGUUGAGCUCCUGUAGAAUAGGAGUGUAUGUGGAUCACAGUAAUGGAUCUCUGUCCUUCUACAGUGUCUCUGAUACAAUGAACCUCAUACACAGAGUCAACACCACAUUCACUAAACCACUUUAUCCUGGGUUUUAUAUUUAUAGUGGAUCCACAGUGAAAAUGUGUCAUCUCUUAAAAUAAAUUGUAGGGAUUUUAUAUAAGCAACAUAUAAAUUUAGGCUUAUAAGAGUGAUUACAAUAUUUGCUAUAUUUUCCAUAAGAUUUUAUAUAUGCCUGUACUUCUCUGUAUUUUAUAUUACUACACAUUUCAAAAUUGUGAAGAGCGCUAUAAUAAACUUAAAUUGAAUUUAUCAAAAAAUACAUUCUGUAUAUUCUGAUUUAAAAAUAAUUUGACUGUUAAAUUGAGGCAGCUUUUCUUGUUUUUCAGUAUUUUGAACUCAUUUUUUUGUUUGUUCUAUUAAAUUUCACAUUGAACUUUCAAUUUAAAUAAUGCCAAAUGUAUUAGUUCACAAACAGGUGUAAGCCUAAAAAAUAAAGUAACUUUAUUUCAUGCCUUAAGUUUUAUGCCAUCCCAUGACACUUACACAUUGAUUGACUGCAUCACCAUUUUAACAUGAACAAUAAGCACUUGAUAUCAUACAACAUAUUAUUUAUAAGUAAAUUAAACUGAAAUUGAUCAUAAAGGCAAAGAUCUAAAAAGCUGUAAAGUUUACUCAAGAACUACACACAACAUUACUGUGUCAUUUUUCUCAGUGCAAACACACAAUCACACAAUCACUUUUUAUAUUUCAUAAUAAGACCAUCAACCAACAAACAAGCCAGAUUCAACACAGAGAUGUAGAAGAAGGUAUCUGGCAAUCUUAUUAUAAGAUGGUUUACAGCCCAUACACAUGUAGGGGGAUUCCUUUUGUCUUCAUCCACUUUAAGACAUGCAAAUAAAGCCUUUCUAGUACAUGUGAAAUGCCCUCAAUAAGUAUUGGGACAGUAUAAAAGUGCUCUUUUUGUGGAGACAAUUAUUUUGUAAAAUGAAUAUGAGGCAAAAAAGUAUACAGAAUAUUAAAUGCAUGCUUUCCCAACAAAGAACAACAACCUUUUAUCCUGACUUAUGUGUGUUGUCACCAAAUGGAAAAUAAAUGCCCAUGGGAAAUUUUAAUUUAUAACCUUUGGCAACACAGUUCCAGCAGCAAUACAAAGACAACAAAAUGUCUAUGUGGUGUUUUUAAUAUGCUUAAAGAUAAAGUUAAGUACAAAUUCAUCAUUCAACACCAUUGCUAAGUAUUUUUUCAAUGAAACUGAAGUUAGUUUUGUUACAGUUCAGGUACUAAUCAACUAUGAAUCACUCAGUCACACUUUAUCACAAAUCUCUUUAUUCCACAAUAUAAUCACACACUGUUAGAAAGGGUCUGUUAAAAGUAGCACAAAAUGUGUUGUUUCAAUAAUAACACAGAGAUGAGUGGAUUCUUGGACAACGUAUUUAUUGUGUUGUCCCAGAAUCAACACUAAUGUGUUGUUUUUAACAUAUCUGUUCUAAGAGUGCAGCAUUUAGAUAAAAGUAGCUGACUGUUUCAAUAAAAUUAAAUGUUAAAACAUUGUUAAACCAUUUAAUUAAAAUGUUACCAAAAAUAUGUACAGUAUAUUGCAAAAAUAUCUCACUGUCAAAAAACAUGUCACCACAAUCCACUUAUAUAACUUACUAUUAGCCUUGUAGGGUAGGGCUCUAUAGGAGGAGGAACAUAGGUACAAUAUACCCC